AUGCCUCGAGAAGCUGAGAUAUCGCUCAACGAGCGCGAAUUUAUCAAGCAGGCACUGCAGGAGCAGAUACGAAUCGACCGACGCGCAUUCGACGCCUUCCGCCCACUCGAGCUCACUUUUGGAGAAGAGUAUGGCGUCGCAGAUGUUCAGUUAGGCAAGACAAGAGUCAUUGCGCGCAUAUCAGUAGACGUGACGACACCACUACCAGAGCGCAAGUUUGAUGGCAUUUUUCAAAUAGUCACGGAGUUUUCUCCAAUGGCUUCUCCAGCCUUUGAGGUUGGUCGUCCUACAGAUGCCGAAGUCAUCCUCUCGCGCAUCCUCGAGAAAGCCAUCCGUCGCUCCAACGCUCUUGACACCGAAUCGCUCUGCAUCAUCGCUGGCUUAAAGUGCUUCGCUCUCCGCGCCGACGUACACAUCAUCGACCAUGACGGCGGGCUGAUCGAUGCAUCGUGCAUAGCCGUCAUGGCUGCGUUACAACACUUCCGAAGACCAGACGUACAAGUAGAAGGCGAGAAGGCGACCAUUCUCAGUGUGCGCGAGCGCGAACCCAUCCCGUUGUCGAUCCUACACCAGCCGCUCUGUGUUACCUUUUCAUACUUUGAGGGAGAGAUAUUUUUGGUGGAUGCAAACUUGGCUGAAGAGCAAGUCAGGCAGGGAGAAGUCAUUCUCACAAUGAACAAGCACGGCGAACUGUGUCAGAUUGCGAAGUACGGAGGAGCGACAAUAAACCCGCUGGCUCUGCUGAAUUGCACGAACGUUGCUCUGCAGAAGGUCAAGGAGAUGAACGCGUUCAUCCAGAAAAGGCUUGAUGAAGACGCCAAAGAAAGGGAUGCUGGGGGACUAAUGGCAGAGCUCAGCGCUGAGAAUGCCAGGUGA